CAAAUUCGAGUAACAUCGGAAGUUUUUUUUUUUUUAAGUAUAAACUCGCAUUGCUGUUCGAAGCAAUGGCUGUCGAGAAAACUAAUAAUCAUGUGCUACAUUUUCUUCGUAGUGCAGAGCUGUUGAAACAGGGCGCUGAAGCCCGUGUUUACAGGGGAGAAUUCUUAGGGAAACCGACUGUAGUGAAGGAAAGGUUCCCGAAGUUGUACCGGCAUCCGACCCUUGACGAGAAGCUUACUCACCGCAGGACUGUUCAGGAGGUGCGGUCAAUACUUCGUUGCAGAAAAGCUGGUAUCUCCGUUCCUGUUGUUUAUUUUGUCGAUUACACGUCCCAUUGCAUCUUCCUGGAGGACAUUGUGGGAUCGGUCACUGUGAGGGACUACAUUAACUCUGCCCACACCUCGGAGGCGAAGAACCUUGAAGUCGUCGCUCGGAAGAUCGGCGAGAUCCUGGCGAAGAUGCACGACGAGGACCUGGUUCACGGGGACCUGACGACCUCGAACAUGCUGAUGAAGCGCGGACCCGGGUGCGGGGAGGCGGACCUGCUUUUGAUCGACUUCGGCCUGAGUUACAUCUCCGCCCUGCCCGAGGACAAGGGGGUGGAUCUCUACGUCCUGGAGAAGGCCUUCUUGAGCACCCACCCCAACACCGAGGCCCUGUUUGAAACGUUACUCAAGAGCUACAGCGCCUCUUCCAAAAAAUCCCAGACUGUCAUCAAGAAACUGGACGAAGUGAGAAUGAGGGGAAGAAAGAGAUCUAUGGUUGGCUAGGGAUUUGAAAGUCCCUAUUACAGAUCCAUGCAAACAGUGUUUGUUAGAGCAGUUACUUUGCAACUGCGUUGUAUGCUUUUUUGUUCUAUGGCAGUCCUUGUAUUUGCUUCACAGUUCUUGUAUUUGCUUGUAUUCACAAGGGGUCAGGCAGUCCGCGCGGGACACUGCAGACUGUGUUUAGCAAAACAGCGAUGGCUACUCAAAUGCAUAGGGUGAGAACCCCGUUACCACUUUUAAAACAUGCAGUCAGUGGCAUUUCCAAAAUUUCUUGAUCUCCAAUAAAACCACCCUGUGGCUCAAAACCUCA